UUGUCCUCUACGACGUGUGGUGGAACGGCGAUGCGACAGAGUGCUGCACAUGGCUGAAACUGAAGAAAUGGUGCUGCACACGUCGAAAAGGCUCAGAAAUCUGUCCUUAGAAAAGGGCAAGAGCACCAAAGGAAUUAUAACUGCCAUGGCCUCUAUGGCACCUUUGUCACAGGAGCAUGCUGACAUGGACAUAUUCACUGGAGAGGCCAUCGAUGUUGUCAUCGGAUCCUCAAGAGAUGACGGAAAGUUCCAGAAGGAGAUCACCGCUUGCCAGCCUGGAAACUUUAUAACCUGGACCAAAAACUUCAGUCAGUGUUUUUGCAACCAGAAAAGGUGAGAUCAUUUUCGCUGCCUUUUCUUUUUUCUCAGAAUGAAUCACAUGAAAUCGAGGAAAAUUCUCAGUAUUUCGUCCAAAAAACUUGAAGACUUCUUCGGUGCGCCAUCGUUUCAGACGGCGAUCAGGGAGUUGGGGGAAAGAACUUUCCAUAAGUAUAGGUGAAUGUUUCGGCAGCAGCGCCAGCCACCCACCAUGGAGCCCAACGAGGGGACGCUGCAGGACCUCGAAAACAUAGGUCCUGCAAACGCCAGCUGUACGCCGCCACUAUAACCAGAUAUGGAAUAUCCAAGGUUGGCUACCCACACAAGGUUAACCCUAGCUGCCUGGGAAAUUGGAAGUAAAAUGAAGUGAGAAGAGGACAGGAUAGAUUGAAAGUGAGAGAGAAAGACGAAGAUUGAAGAGGAGGACAGGAAAAGGCAACUACCGAUUUCCCCCGGGUGGGUCAGUCCGGGGGUGCCGUCUAUGUGAAGC